UUCAUAGUCAGUACUCUACUGACAAAUCACAUUCGAUUCCUAUAUAAAGGGGAAUAAAUCAAAUAAUUUCCAUUAGACUGUUUGGGCGAAUCAACCACAACUCGUUAAACAAAUUGUUAGUACUACUUUGUGUACUCUUUGACGAAUAUGAAGACCCCGGCUAUAGUUGUUGCUGCUUGUUGCUUGGCAAUCGCGUCAGGGCAGUCCUAUUUAAUGGGUCAGGGACAAAUGUAUAGUAACCCUUAUCGCUACCACGGAAUGAGUAAUGGUUACAAUGGAAUGAAUGGUGGUUACUAUGGAAUGAAUAAUGGUUACUAUGGAAUGAAUAAUGGUUACUAUGGAAUGAAUAAUGGUUAUAAUGGAAUAGGCAGCGGUUACAAUGGAAUGGACAAUGGCUACAUAGGGAUGAACAGUCUUUCAGGAAUGAACAGCGGUUAUAUGGGCCUUGGUGGAUAUCGCUCACCAUACCAAAGUUACAGCAGACACAACAGUUUAUAUCCCCGUUAUCAGGGUUAUCAACGCCAUUCUUAUUAAGCUCGAGUUAUCAUAG